AUGGCGUGCUCGCUCUUCUCCAUCUCUACAGUAUCCUUUCUUUUGCUCUCUCUGAUUUCAGCGUUACCCGUUCUGGCGUCCGGCGUGUUCGUCUCGGUUGAACUAGCAGCACAACUCCCACUUGUCGCACGCAUCGGCGAGACCUACUUGUGGACCAUUUCGAACAAUACAUUUGGCGGCUGCAGCGAUGUGCUGACUUUCUCGACGUCGAGCUUGCCUCCCUGGUUAUCUUUCGACCGUGACUCGACCACAUUCUACGGGAAACCGACGGCGGACGACGGAAACAGUUCGGACAUUGACAUCACAGUGACUGCUCGAGGCUGCGGUUCCUCUGCUUCUUCAUCUUUCACCCUUUUUCUUACAUCCAACCCGGCGCCUACUCUUAACACUCCAGUAGCAUCACAGUUUCGCACGCCUAAUCCUUCGCUAUCAUCCGUAUUUGAAAUUAACGCGACUUCUGCACUAGCGACUCAGAAUCCUGCCCUACGGAUCCCGCCAAGAUGGUCUUUCAGCAUCGGUUUUCAGGGAAACACAUUCACUUCCUCAAACCGCCUGUACUACGCGUUGUUGCAAGCCGACGGCUCGCCUAUCCCUUCUUGGAUGCGCUAUAGCUCCCAGGAAUUUACUCUCGGAGGCGUUACUCCGGUAAGGGAAUCUGUGCCUAUACCUUCGACAUACAGUCUGGUCCUGCAUGCAUCAGAUGAAGAAGGGACAACAGCACUGCAGCAACCAUUCGAUAUUGUCUUGGCUGAUCACGACGUCUCUUUAUCUCGUUCAGUUCUCCCCACCAUCAAUGUCACUGCCGGCUCACCUUUCAGCCUAGCUCUAAACUCGUCGCUUGAUUUUUCGGGUGUUUUAGUAGAUGGUGAACCAUUCCAACCCGAAUACCUCUCCGACUUGCUGGUCGAUACGUCUUGCUGUGCAUGGUUAUCGUAUGACCAGAAGACGAGGCAUCUGUCUGGAAAUUCGGCUUCGGACUCUCUGAGCCGCGAACCAGUUCUUCUCGUCAAGCUCGUCACCAUCUUCAACGAAACAAUCCAGACGAACGUUUCCAUGGCACUAGUUCCUUCUUAUUUUUCUACAGACACAAUACCGCCUAUCGUGGUCGGUGGAGAUGGACACUUGCAAUUCGAUCUAAAGCCUUAUAUCUCUAACACCAGCGAAUCGAAUGACGUCGAUUUGAGCGCUUCCUAUGAUCCCAGUGAGGCCGGUAACACAAUGUACUUCGAUGGUCAAACUGUUAUGCUGAAUGGUACCAUUCCGAGCACUUUUUCCAAGAAGCCCAUUAACGUCACCUUCGCCGCGUAUUCCCGUACUACACAUUCGACUUCGCACACGAGUGUUUCCAUCACUCUGGCUCCUUCUGGUCACAAAUCGGAGGACUUUGAUGGCUCAGGUCGCCAUGGCAGUCUCUCUGGUCCAGCUCACGCUAAGCUUGUACUGGGAUUGAGCAUAGCGUUCGGGGUAGUUGGUGGGAUGCUUGGCCUCGGAAUCCUUCUAGCGUUAUUCAGGCGCUGCGCGCGAGUUGAAGAUACUGCUUUGGGAGGCCAAGUAGGUCAGCAAGCCUGGUCUGAAAAGGACCGUAAGUGGUACGGCGUCGAAGAAGGAAAAGGAUACGGAUAUUCGGAGAAAUCACCAGAGCAUACUCGAAGCCCUCUCAACUACGGGAAUCUUGGUCUGCAUCGUGUGUUGGAAAGAAGUCACUCUGAUCUGCCGUCCACUUCCACCAGCGCUGGCACACAGAGUCCCGGAGUAAUGAGCAAACGAGAAUUUAUCACGAGGAUUCGCGAAACCGUACGAACCGUCAGUGACAAAUACGCUCGAUCAUGGCGAGCCCCUCAAGCCAUCAGUCUGAACCGGCCAGUCAUUGGAAAACCGAUAUUGAUCACUCCGGCUCCAGUUACUGGUUCCCCUCCUGAUCCUUUCAGCGACCUCAACUCUGGUCCUGGGAGCAGUUUCUUGACAAGAACGUCGUCGUCGUCUGAUGAUGGCUCUAUUCCACAACGAAGAACUGAUUGUUUGACUCGUCCUCCGCCUGUUGUUCAUUUUGAGGAUAGUCGAAACGAAUCCAGGGAAUCCAUCUCAUCGGUUGUCGCGCAUGCAGCCGAAGCUGUUGUGCAGACGGCGUCCAGGGCCAGCAUACGAAGCGCCAUGUCUAUAUCUUCCGACCACCACGAACAUUUCCCGUCUCCCGCCGCUGUUCGACCUCGUCUUGUACCCUUCACUAGCGCGACUCGCGUCCCAGUUCCCAGUAUGUCCGUGACAUCUCCCGAUUCUCCAGAAAGCAUCUUUGAAGGCCCUCAGCGAGUCGUGAGCCAGAAGGCACUGGUGGAGAAGCAGGCACGGACAGCAGGGGUGAAGAAGAGCGGAAGCGUAGACGAACUCGCCAUUGGUAUUCACUAUGUGCAAGCGCUUGGCGCGGAAAAUCCUGUAAACACUGCUGGGUCAACGCUGACGGUUUCGACGAAUGUCCGAUCCUCAUUUUCUUCUCUAGAGUCUUCUCAUCAUGGGCAUCAAACGGGCGAAGUGGAGACGGUCAAAAUGGUAGCGAGAGUUGGAGAGCGGUUCAAAUUCCGCAUUGCUCUUGAAGCGACUUCUCCAGGAUCGUACGGUGGAUCCCGCAGAUUGCAAGCGAGACUGAUAUCUGGGAAGUCCUUGCCGAAGUUCUUGCAUGUUGACCUUAAUGGGAGACGAGGAUUGGCCGCCGUAGCAUUUUAUGGUGUGCCCAGCACUGCGGACAUCGGAGAGUUCGAUACGGGCGUGUAUGACGGGAAUGUUUGUGUAGGUCGACUGUACUUGGAGGUCAUUGGUCGGGGAUGA